AUGAACGAGUACGCUGAAUACGACUGGAAGCUGCAUCAGAUGCAAAAUGAGCGCCUUUGUGAAGCGGCAAGGAAACGACUUACAGACGGUGACAGGCAACGGGCCCUUAACGGCCUUCGGGAUGCAGUGGACAAAAGCCUUAACCUCGCCCUACUACCGGCGCGAACACCCGAGCUGUGGGCUACGGCUGACGGCGGCGUGCUGCGCGCGCUCGCCGAUGGCCUGCCCGGCGUGCUGUCCCAGCGCGAUCGUCGCGGCCGGUGUGUGCUCCUCAUGUUCGCUUCCAAUUGGAUACCUCAUGCAUGCCCUCUACUCUCAGUGUUCAGAGCCCUCCUACUCACCAUUGAACGGACCCUGGACGACAUUCAAAACCAGGCCAACGGAUAUGUCAUUAUUGUUGAUUGGACUGAAUUCACGUUUAAACAAUCGUGCAAUUUACAAGCAAAAGUGUUGAAAAUGAUGAUUGACUGUCUACAAGAUUGCAUGCCAGUUCGUUUCAAAAGUAUACACUUCAUCGGACAGCCUUGAGUUGGGAGGGGAAGGACCUUCGUACAACUCGGAACUUUGGCUCAGGAGUUCUGUCGGGGUGAAAACAUUAACCCCGCCCCGAUAACGACGACCGUUACACCGAUCUUACCGAUUGAGAACGAUCCUCCUUCUGCUAAAUUGGACAAAGCGUACAAACAAAAGGACAAUCCAAAUUUUUCUUUCCACGGUAACGAAAAAAGUGCAAAAUCAGAGUUACUGCGUGAUAAAGAUUGA